UAUCACUCUGAAAAUAGUAAAAUGGUAUGCAUACUAAUUAAACAUUUCUCCUAUAGAAAGAAAGCAAGGAUGUCUGGAGAUUUGUCCCUCAGCAUAAAUAUCAAAGAGCCACGAUGGGACCAGGGCACAUUCAUGGGGCGCGCCAAGCACUUCUUCAUGGUCACAGAUCCCAGGAACGUCCUGCUGUCCUCUGAGACUCUGGAGGAUGCCAGAGUGAUCGUGGAGAACUACAGAGCUGGUGUCGUGAAGCCCGGCCUGUCUGAAGAUGAGCUCUGGAGAGCCAAGUACGUCUACGACUCUGCCUUCCACCCCGACACGGGGGAGAAGAUGGUUGUGAUUGGCCGGAUGUCUGCCCAGGUGCCAAUGAACAUGUCCAUCACAGGCUGCAUGCUCACCUUCUACAGGACUACUCCGGCUGUGGUGUUCUGGCAGUGGGUUAACCAGUCCUUCAACGCUGUUGUCAACUACACCAACCGCAGUGGAGAUGCCCCAUUGACCGUGAAUCAGCUUGGUGCAGCUUACGUCAGUGCUACUACUGGAGCUGUAGUCACAGCCCUUGGACUCAAGUCUCUAGCCGCGCGUCUUCCACCAAUUGUCAGCCGGUUUGUUCCGUUUGCUGCUGUUGCUGCUGCUAACUGUAUUAACAUCCCCUUCAUGAGACAGAGGGAGUUGAAGUACGGUAUCCCUGUGUUUGAUGAGAAUGAGAACAGGCUAGGAGAGUCUCCCAGUGCUGCCAAACAGGCAAUCGUGCAGGUGGUUGUGUCCAGGAUCGGCAUGGCAGUGCCAGCCAUGGCUAUUCCACCUGUUAUAAUGAAUGCUCUGGAAAAGAGAGCUUUCAUGAAGCGGUUCCCCAUUUUAAAUGCUCCAGUCCAGGUUGGGCUUGUUGGUCUAUGCCUGGUGUUUGCGACCCCUCUGUGCUGCGCCCUGUUCCCACAGAAGAGCUCUAUGAAUGUGAGUGGGCUGGAACCAGAUCUGCAGGAGAGGAUACGACAGACCAGUCCCAACACCACAACCGUCUUCUUCAACAAGGGCCUGUAGGACCAGCCAACACAUUUACACGCACACACGCAAAAGACAUGCACACACCCACACACACAUACACGUUUCUAUAGUCCCGUGGGCACAAGUGGGAGAGCAAAACAACUUUAUUUAUGCAUUUUUUUUGUUGUGUACGGCAUUUGUUUUUGUUUUUUAUUUGACUGCUUGAAGCUUACUCCAGGUGUAACAGUGGAGGCUGCUGAUAAAAAUGAUUCACAGAAGAGAAAACAAAACACUCUGAGAAGGAUAACUGACAGUUCUUUCUGUCCAUACAUGGCACUUCUUCUUCCUCGUUACUGCCUCAGUGGCAGUUUAUUAAGUUACUGAUAAAUGUUUUAGUCACUCACUUUACAUGUUACAUUCAGGUUCAGGCAAGUUUUGUUUCCUCUGAUAAAUUAUGUGUAACUCCAGUUGAAAAUGAAGGGUUGUACGCCUUGUAUGUCAUUACUUCUGAAUGUAACAUAAUCUUUUGCCUUGUGUCCACCCUCACUUAGAUUUCCUCUGUCCAGUUCUUGCCUAGUGAUCAUUGCAUUGCUCUGUUUUGAGAAAUGGUAUUUUAUAACACACCAAGUACAGUAUGUAAGACAUCUUGCCUCGA